GACAAGAGAAAAGAGAAAGAGUUGCCAAACAGUAACUCCACGCGCAGCCUUCAUUUCCUUUCAUGGCGCAUCAACUCAAUUUAAAAUCGCGGCCAGUGGGUAGUUGGGACUUCCCCCAAUCGCCUUCGAUUCACUCCUCUACUUGUCUUGUCGCCUACCGCCAUUGCCGUCCCUUUCCUCACCUUUAUGUAUCGCUAAUUCCUACUGACAAUAAAAGAGAGGUUUGAAUUGUGCACAAGUCCGUGAAGAUGGCCGGCGAGUUUGACGAGGCGGACCGGCCGCUUCUGGACCGGCCGCCGUCGUCGGAGCGGCGGUGGUGCAGAAAAUUGAUCGAUUUGGACGAAGCCAAGGAUCAGAUGCUCUUCGCUCUCCCCAUGAUACUCACCAAUGUCUCCUUCUACCUCAUCCCUCUCGUCUCCGUCAUGUUCGCCGGCCACCUCGGCCACCUCCAGCUCGCCGGCGCUAAUCUCGCCAAUUCCUGGGCCUCCGUCUCCGGCUACGCUUUCUUGAUGGGGUUAAGCGGCUCGCUGGAGACGCUAUGCGGACAAGGAUACGGCGCGAAAUUGUACAGGCUGUUAGGGUUGUACUUACAGGCGGCGUGCAUCAUUACGACCUUCGUCGCAGCUCUCUUAUCCCUCCUAUGGUGGUUUUCCGAUGCUGUUCUAAUUCUUCUCGGCCAAGACCCAGAAAUUGCAAAGGCCGCCGGGCUGUACUUGAAGUAUCUGAUUCCAAGCCUGUUUGCUUACGGAUUUUUGCAGAAUAUUUUGAGGUUUCUUCAGACACAAUCUGUUGUUAUGCCUUUGGUGGUCUGUUCGUUGGUUCCUCUCGUCCUCCACUUCGGGAUCGGCUACGGUUUGGUGCACUGGUCCGGGCUUGGGUACACCGGAGCUCCAUUGGCAGCUUCGAUUUCGCUGUGGAUCUCUGUGUUGAUGUUGGGAUCGUACGUUGUUAAGGCGGAGAAGUUUAAGCUUACCUGGGAUGGGUUGUCUUUGGAGUCGCUUAAAUAUGUUUAUUUGACUUUCAAGAUUGCGCUGCCGUCAGCAGCCAUGGUUUGCCUGGAGUACUGGGCGUUCGAGAUUCUUGUCUUGCUUGCUGGAUUGAUGCCGAAUUCGGAAAUCACUACCUCCUUAAUCGCGAUGUGCGUCAAUACUGAAGCCAUUUGCUACAUGGUUGCAUACGGCCUCAGCGCAGCGGCUAGUACGAGGGUGUCGAACGAAUUGGGAGCCGGGCAUCCGGGAAGGGCGAGGAGUGCGAUGAUGGUUAGUCUUAAACUGACGGUAAUUCUCGCGGUAUUGGUGGUGUCGGCAUUGGGGUUGGGACAUGAUCUGUGGGCAAGCGCUUUCAGCGACAGCGCGGUGAUCGCGGAAGCGUUUGCGCCGAUGACGCCGCUGCUUGUUGCAUCGAUACUUUGCGAUUUCGUUCAAGGGAUUCUGUCGGGUGUGUCGAGAGGCUGCGGGUUCCAACAUUUGGUAGUCUUCAUCAACUUGGGGACUUUCUAUUUGAUCGGAAUGCCCAUCGCGAUUCUGCUGGGAUUCAAGUUUAAUCUCUAUGCCAAGGGGCUGUGGAUUGGAUUGAUCUGCGGCCUGUCGGUGCAGAUGAUGAGUCUAUUGCUUCUUACGAAAUUAACAAAUUGGACGCGAAUAGAACUUGCGAGGGAUUCGUCGCCCAAGCUUGUCGGAGAAAUUGUCUGAUUAUAUGAUACUCCAACAAAUAUAGUCUUAGUUGGAUUCGGCACGAUGUUGAUAUUAUAUUAUAGAUAAAAAGACUUUUUUGUUAUAAAAACAGUGGUAAUUGUGUAAUAAAAAUGUAAAGUAAAAUUAAUUUACGAUGAUAUGGUUAUUUAUAGAAAUAAAAUUAUUAUUUUGAGUUAAAAAAAAUAAAUAAAUAAGGGCUUGUUUGGUUGGACUUU